CGCAGAGUACGCAUGCUCUGAUAUUCUCUUACGAUUCUUCCAAAAUUUGAGUCAGACUACUCCCAGUGCCAUGAACAGCAACGACACCUUUGCAAGGAGACCUAAUGUUGGUGCUCAAAUACCAGAGAAGAUACAAAAGGCCUUUGAUGAUAUUGCCAAAUACUUCUCUAAGAAAGAGUGGGGAAAGAUGAAAUACUCGGAGAAAAUCAUCUCUGUGUAUAUGAAGAGAAAGUAUGAGGCCAUGACUAAACUAGGUUUCAGGGUCACCCUCCCAUCUUCCAUGCGUAAUAAACGGGCCACAGACUUCCAGAGGAAUGAUAUUGAUAAUGACUGUAACCACGGGAAUCAGGUUGAACGUCCUCAGCUUUCAACUUUCAGCAAGCUCCAGGGAAUCUUCCCGAAGGUGAGUAUCUCUCAGAUCUAAAGGACCAGAGAACCUUUGUCUCUUCACGGAUGUGAACCCUGGUAACAGUGGGAGAAUAUAAAAAACGCCCUCACUGCCUCCUUCUCCCCAUGUCUAUCACAACACCUGAUGUAGCAUCGACAGCUUGAUAAUACUAAGAGUUGUGAUCCUUAAUACUUCUUUUGUUUUCAAAGUGAUGUCAGAUACUAUUUUAAGCAGUUCACAUAGAUUACUUUAUUUAAUCUUUAAGGAGACCUCUAUGACAUUGUUUCUAUUAUUAUCUCCAAAUAAUAAAGAGUCACACACUUCGGUUGUCAUCCAUAUAAUAGCCAUGUGAAUUGGCGCAAAUCUUCUAAGUUCUCUGAGCUCCAGAUUCCUGGUCCAUGCAUUGGAAGUAAAGAAUCAUAGUUCAUGUUAUAGAUCCUAGUUAUCAGCAACAUAAUAAUAAAAUGAGGCUAUUGGGGUACA